GGCAGACGUGCGCGCGUUCGCGGGAGUCACCUGCUCGCGGUUAUAAAUGAAAAAUUGUGCGUUGUGAAUUAAUUUGUCACACUGAUUUGUGAUGUUUAAUUGAAAUGGAGUUGACUUGAUUUAUGGAGAUACGCGCAGCGGUAUCGCACAAAUGGUUUCAGUGGACUGUGCUGUGAAGUGAUAACUAAUGAUGUAAGAUAGAACUAUGUGUUCGGUGAAGUGGCUCCGGCUGCUAGUGAUGCUGGCGGCUUGCUGGGCACAGGAGGGGGAGUGGAGCGAGGAUGCCGAAGACUUGGUAUCCACGGUGGAUGUGGACGCCGUGCUAGGCCGGACGGCGUCGCUGCCGUGCGACGUCGCGCCGGACGCCGCCGAGGACCGAGUGUACAUGGUGCUUUGGUUUCGAGCCGGCAAGGCCACCGGCGGGAAACCUAUAUACAGUUUCGACGUCCGCGGUCGCUCCUUCAACAAGGCGCUGCAAUGGUCGGAUCCGAACGCGUUCGGUCCACGCGCGUACUUCGCCACCGUGGCGCGUCCGGCAGCGCUCACACUUGACACUGUACAGUUGGAUGAUGAAGGCAUCUACCGCUGCCGUGUCGACUUCAAGAACUCGCCUACGAGGAACUUUCAGAUACGGCUGUCUGUUAUCGUGCCGCCUCACCAGCUGAUUUUAUACGACAAGUCGGGCCGGGAUGUAUCGGGCGUGGUCGGGCCUUUGGAAGAGGGCAACGAACUUGUUCUGGUCUGCGAAGUACGUGGAGGUCGUCCAGCCCCAACAGUCCUAUGGCUAAUCGACGGGGCGCCAGCGCCACAGUACAUCGGCGAGAAGACUGACACACACGUCGUCGUCAAUAGACUAGAACUACCGCAUAUCAAGCGGAGUCAUCUCAACACGACGUUCAAAUGUCGAGCGUCGAACACAAACCUCGUCAGUCCAAAGGAGAGGACUGUUAGGCUUGAGAUGAAUCUGAAGCCGAUCCGCGUAGAGAUACAGAACAAGCAAGUUACGCUGUCUUCCGAGCGGUAUGUCAGCCUGCGAUGCGCGUCCGAAGGCAGCCGGCCCGCAGCGACGCUUACCUGGUUUAAAGAUAAUAGGAAGUUUACUAGAGGCAAUAAAGUAGAAGCCCAGAACGAGACGUGGGUAAGCAGCACGAUAGAAUUCAUGCCGCUGCCUGAAGACGACGGUUCACAGCUCAAAUGUCAAGCCGACAACAGUGCGUUGCCGGGGCAGAGUAUAGAAGACUCGUUCAAACUGGACGUCGUAUAUCCUCCCGUGGUGUCGCUGUCUCUCGGCAGCACGCUCAACCCCCACGACAUCAAGGAGGGGGAUGACGUCUACUUUGAAUGCUCCGUCCGUGCCAAUCCCAGGGAGCAUAGGAUAUCCUGGUAUCAUAAUGACAAGCCAGUGGUCCACAACCUAACGUCAGGUGUGAUCGUGAGCACCAAAUCCCUGGUCCUGCAGAAGGUGACACGGGACCACGGCGGUGAUUACAACUGCCGCGCUGCCAACUCGCUGGGCGAGACGCCGAGUCAACCCACGCAUCUUAGUAUACAGUAUGCCCCAGUAUGCGCGCACCCGUCACCUCAAGUACUAGGCGCGCAGAUGGACGAAGCGUUAAGAGUACGGUGUUCAGUCACCGCGAACCCGCCUGAUGUCACGUUCUUCUGGCAGUUCAACAACAGUGGCGAGAGUCUUGACGUGUCGCCUACCAAGUUUGGCACAGCCAACGGCAGCACGAGCGAGCUGAGCUACAAGCCGCAGAGCGAACGCGACUACGGCACGCUUAGUUGCCGCGGCACCAACGGCGUUGGCAAGCAGAUUCACGCAUGUGUCUUCCAAAUUGUACCCGCUGCGCGUCCCACCGCGCCGCGUAACUGCUCUCUUCAGACGGGCAACAACAGCGCCGACGGCGGCUGGCUGCGUGUACGCUGCGUUGCCGGUUACGACGGCGGACUGCCGCAGUCGUUUCUUUUGGAAGCAUUGGACCCAAUCAGCGGGAGAGCGAGGUUCAAUACUAGCGUUAAUGACACAGACGGGCUGCUGACAUUCAAGCUGGACCUGGCACAACUGUCUUCCGGUGGUGACAUGGAAGGAGCCACAUUCAACCUGCUCAUCUUCGCGAGGAACCUCAAGGGGGAAUCAGAGAAAACUUUGCUAGAGAAUAUUGCGUUCAACGAUGCAGCUAGGAGGACUGAUGGCAAAAGCGCAAUGGGCGGUAUCACCCUUGGCGUCGUCGUCGCCGCGGCCCUCGGCGCAGCCCUAGCCAUCGGUGGUAUCGCCUUUGCCGCGCUCUGUGCGCGACGGCGGCGAGCCCGACCACCUCACAAGCAUCCUCCAGGAGACAUGUUGGAACUGAGUGACGGUGGGAGGAGAUACGUGGUGGCGUAUACUAUCAAACCAUCACCGGAGUUGAAGACGCCGGAGCCACAGCCGGACAUAUUGAACGCACCAGAUUGUGACAACCAAAACAUCCCACCAACUGCGGAGGAGGCGGAUGAGUGGCCUAGCAUAAAAGAAGUUCGAGGCGACUGGACCAAGGCGGGUGCAGUAUUUUCCGCAGAAGAUUUAGCACUUCUUGACAGCGCUGGACAUCCUCAGCAGCUUACACCAGGCAGCGACAUGGUCCCCAGCAGUCGUCAAGAAGACGUUCUAAACCAGAACCUAGCUCAAUCGGCGUUAGGUAAUAAUUUUAGGUCUAAUUUCGUAGUUUCUAACAGCCCGACCCUCGGGAGCCCCAACUUUGUGUGCCCCAACGGCAAUGUAGGAAGCCCUUUUGGAAGUCAGACGCUCAACUCUGAGCGGACCGACGCUAAGUUCCAGUAGUUUAGCGACUUCGACGCUACAUAGGAGUAAAGGAAAGGGAAUGCGAGAAGAAGAGAGCAUGUGUUGGCAGAGAAUUUGCCGGGACCGGAGAGUUGUGUGUAAAUAAUGUUAGCAUAAGUUUUUUUCCUGACCUGCAAGAACCUCUUUUUGACACAUCUCUUUUUUCAUUUGUGUUUUUUUUUUCGUUUCUUUUUUCAUGUGGCUAAGAUGAAUCGUUCUCCAAAUCUAGCGAUUAUUAGCGAUUGGUUGAAACGUUUCUAGGGUGCCUAAACUCAACGGUAGAAGUACCUACGUUAUUAUGAGUAGACCAGUUUUUCUCGUCGUAUUAAUAUAAUUUUCUUGAUACUUUUAUUUUGUUUUGAAAUAGUAUACCUAUUGUUAAAUAAUCGAUUUUUAUCAACGUAAACGGAAGUGUCUAAUCAGAAAUCAAAGUUUUUUUUUUAUUAGCCUAUAUGGUGUCCCACUGCUGGGCAAAGGCCUCUCCUUCCUUUCUCCAGUCCUCACGGUUUGAUGCCCGCUCUUGCCAGUCUCUGCAAAAUACGUCGAGGUCGUCCCACCAUCUCUUCUUUGGUCGUCCUCUGCCCCGACUAAUUUGCGGUAACCACUCAGUCCGCUCAGUCGUCACUUUGGCCCACCGUUCGGGUGCAGCCGGCAAACAUGCCCUGUCCAAUCCUACUUAAGUUUGGCUGUCUUGGAACCCACAUCUAUUAUACCAGUUUUAAGUUAAAUCUUAAAAAUGUAACCUCUAACGAAGUGUCAAAAAGAGGAACUUACAAACCUUAGACAACAGCUAUCACGAGUUUUCAAUAAGUAGGUACAGUCAACCAAUU